CUUGACUAGAGUAUCCAUAGCAUCCACAAAUGAAAUACCACAAGUAAAUGGAGAAACAACAUCCACAUAUGUCCUUAACAUCUAUUAAUAUUCAUGUGUCUUGUUGUAGUCUAGUGCCAAAGUUUAUUGGUCUUUCACAAGACAAAGAUCAUCAGAUUGAUUAGCCAUGGCAAGUAGGCUUGAUGAAGAAGCACCAUCCCCAGCAGCUGAAGAUCAAACCUCAGAGAAGUCUUGGCAGAAGAGUGAUAGGGAAUUUCUAAUGAUAAUGAUAACGUUCGUCGCAACCAUUGCUGGACGAACCCUCCCCGUGGUGUUUGGCAAGACGAUACCGACUGCAGUGUUUGAUGGAGACAACUACCAGGUUUGGGCAGUUCAUAUGAAGGCAUAUAUGGAAGCUUUGGAUAUUUGGGAAGCUGUGGAAGAGGGUUAUGAAAUUCCUGACCUCCCAAACAAUCCUAUCAUGGCACAAAUUAAAUUGCAGAAGGAGAAAAAGACAAGAAAAUCCAAGGCAAAGGCUUGUUUGUUUGUUGCAGUCUCAUCUACUAUAUUCACUCGGAUUAUGACUCUAAAAAAUCAGCAUAUGAGAUAUGGAAUUAUCUCAAGUCAGAGUAUGAGGGAGAUGCAAGAAUCAAAGGAAUGCGUGUGCUAAAUUUGAUUCGAGAAUUUGAGUUGGAGAGGAUGAAGGAAACAUAAACAAUUAAAGAGUAUUUUGAUAGGUUAUUGGGCAUAGAAAACCGAAUCAAAUUACUUGGUUCUAUAUUUAAGGACUCAAGAAUUGUUGAAAAGAUUCUUGUAACAGUGCCUGAAAAAUUUGAGGCAUCUAUUUCAUCCUUGGAAAAUACCAAGGAUCUAACUCAAAUUACUCUUGCAGAAAUUCUCAAUGCUUUACAAGUACAGGAGCAAAGAAGAGCUAUGAGGCUAGAAGGUGCUGUUGAAGGAGCCUUACAAGCCAAACAUGAGAAUGCAAGGAACAACAAGAAGAAUCAAAAUCUUAAUAGAGAAUCCUCAGCCAACAACAAAGUAGGAGUUAAAAAGAGGUCCUAUCCUCCAUGUCAACAUUGCAAUAGAAAGGGUCAUCCUUCUUUCAAAUGCUGGAGAAGAUCAGACGCCAAGUGCACUAAAUGUAACCAAAUGGGGCAUGACGCUGUAAUUUGUAGGAGCAAGAAUCAACAGCAAGAUGAAGAGGCUAAGAUUGUUGAUCAGGAGGAGGAGGAGAAGGAUCAAUUGUUUGUGGCUACAUGUUUCGUGGGUAGUGAAUCAAACGAAACCUGGCUAAUUGAUAGUGGUUGCACCAAUCAUAUGACUUAUGACAAGGAAUUGUUUAGAGAUUUGAAGCCAACUAACAUCACCAAAGUAAGAAUCGACAAUGGGGAUUACAUUUUUGUCAAAGGAAAAGACACUGUUACGAUUACAAGCUAUAUAGGUACAAAACAUAUACAAUAUGUUCUCUUUGUUCCCGACAUUAACCAUAAUUUAUUGAGUGUGGGUCAACUUAUUGAAAAAA